AUGGGCGGAUGGAAGGGGCCGGGGCAGCUCCGGGGAAGGGAAGGGCUGGAGCUGAGGCGGCCGGCGGCCGAGUGGGGCGGCGGGCUGGGUGCGCCGCGGAGCCCGGCCCGAGAGUCCCGAGCAGCGUCCCGGGGCGCCGCCAUGACGCCCGACCUGCUCAACUUCAAGAAGGGAUGGAUGUCAAUCUUGGAUGAGCCUGGAGAGUGGAAAAAGCAUUGGUUUGUGCUGACGGAUUCAAGCCUCAAAUAUUACAGGGACUCCACCGCCGAGGAGGCAGAUGAACUGGAUGGCGAGAUCGACCUGCGCUCCUGCACAGACGUCACGGAGUACGCGGUACAGCGCAACUAUGGCUUCCAAAUCCAUACCAAAGACGCCAUUUAUACCUUGUCGGCCAUGACCUCGGGCAUCCGGAGGAACUGGAUUGAGGCCCUCAGGAAGACUGUGCGUCCAACUUCAGCCCCAGAUGUCACCAAGCUCUCAGACUGCAAUAAGGAAAACACGCUGCGUGGCUAUGGCACCCAGAAGGGCUCCCUGAAGAUAGGAGAGCAGCGGACAGGCGCUGAGGUUAUUGGCCGAGGUGGCCCUCGCAAAGUGGAUGGACCACGACAGUCGCUGGACUACGUGGAGCUCUCUCCAUUAACGCCAAGCUCCCCACAGCGCAUGCGCACUUUGUCCCGCUCCACUCCUGAGCGCCCAACCAAACAUGAGGAUCUGGAGCGGGACCUGGCUCAACGUUCUGAGGAAAGACGCAAGUGGUUUGAGUCCACAGACACCAGGACCCCAGAGACGCCCAGUGGCGAUGGGCCUCGGAGAGGCCUGGGAGCCCCCCUGACUGACGACCAGCAGAGCCGCCUCAGUGAAGAGAUUGAAAAGAAGUGGCAGGAACUGGAAAAGCUGCCCCUGCGGGAGAACAAGAGAGUGCCACUCACUGCCCUGCUCAACCAAGGCCACAGCGAGCGACGGGGGUCCCCGAGUGAUAGCCAUGAGGCCCUGGAGAAGGAGGUCCAGUCUCUCCGUGCCCAGCUGGAGGCAUGGCGUCUCCGAGGAGAAGCGCCUCAGAAUGCCCCCAGACCCCAGGACGACAGCCAUAUCCCUCCAGGCUACAUCUCACAGCUGGUGGGCAUGAUCACUGUGCCCAUUUUACAGACAAGGCCACUGAGCUCUGAGAGGGUAUGUGACCUGCCCGAGGUCCCCCAGCCUGCAGGUGUCAGAGGUGGGAUUUGAGCAUGGGUCCAGCUGACUGCAGAGCCUGUGUGUGAGUUCCCGUGCAACACUCUGCACUUGGAUCUCUUCCCGCCUCACUGGGGAAGUGGGGAGCCAGUGGCCCUGGGUGUCACUCUCUACGUACAGGGAGGAGCUUUCCCUGCCUACGAGGAGGUCUGUGGGACUUGGGAGCCUCUUUUGUGUCCUCGGGAGUUUGCUUGAGACAGCAGUUCUCAACAAGGGAGGGUGAUUUUCUCCCUCUAGGGCAACUUUGUCCUCCCUGGGAAAUGACUUUGUCCCCUGGGGACAUUUGUCUCUGUCUGGGAAUGAUUUUGGUUCUCACAACUGGACAGCUAGCUCACCAGAAAUAAACUGUGUGUGUGCAUAUAUUUAUUAUAAAUUAUAAAAGGUUGUUUAGUAUAUAAUGUAUGUAAUGUGCAAAUAAAGUGUAUAAACCUUUUUAUUGUGAAUUCCAUA